AUGAUUCAAGCAGCAUCAGAUGAUGUGCGCUUCCUUCUCAAUAUACAAGAGAAAAUGAUGGAGAAGUUGAGCAAAGUAUCUUCAUGGCGUCUGGCAGUACAAAGUGAGCUAUACUGUAGGUGUUUUUGCAUAAAUGGCAACCAACAUGAAGAUUGGCUGCCUCUUCCAACUGUCCCUGAUGACAUUGAAGCUGAAGCUUGUGUUCCUGAGGUAGAUAUCCUUUCGCUCUUGGUUGUGCCUCGUGGAAAAAUGGGAUGUAUUAUUGGUAGAAAAGGAUCAUCAAUAAUUAUUGUGAAAGAAUCUUGCAAGUAA